GACGCAAUAGGGGCAUCCGCGCACGUGACUCAGAUGACAUGGUAACUGUUUACAAGACAAUCACAGAGACCUGUUGGUGCUGUGGCAAAGGUCAGCUAACCAGCCAUAUGCAUGCUGGCUGAUAACUUGCCUCUUUAUUUGGCAGUAUGUGGCGGAUUUUGGAUUGAACACAGACCAUGAUGGGCUUGUUUGGUAAUUCGAUACAGGCUCGGGUUGCAGGAAAGGGUCUGAAAUACCUGUGGAAUAAGUCAAAGCCCUUUACCAUCGCUGUUGUGGUUGUGGUCGGGGCAGGUAAAUGUUGCCUAUUAUGUCAAGCGGUACCAGAGGAGGAAGAAGUGGAACAGCGUUGGGCAAGACGUCGUGGUCCUGCACAUGUUCCCUCGAGGACGCUUCUGCCCCAACCUCUCGCCUUUUGUCAUGAAGCUCGAGACUUACCUGAGAAUGGCCGAAAUUCCGUACCAGGUCGACUUCGAGGAGCCUCUGGGGCCAAAGGGAAAGAGUCCCUGGAUCUCCUUAAAUGGGGAGGAGAUCGGAGACUCGCAGCUGAUCCUAGAGAUGCUCGGCCCUAAGUACGACAAGGACUUCAGCUCCCACCUGAGCACUGAGCAGCUAGCCAUUGCCCGAGCCAUGAGGAUCAUGAUUGAGGACCACUUCUUGUGGUGCCUGGCAGUGUGGCGCUUUGACAUAGACGCAGGCCAGGCAUUUCUUAACAGCAUAGAAGCCCCGUACAUCCUACGCUUUGUGAUAGCAUUGUUCAGGAGGAGGAUCGUGGGUGCGUCCAGGGUGCAGGGCAUGGGGCGGCACAGCCACGAGGAGGUGACGGAAAUGGGGAGGAAGGAUCUCAAGGCUUUGUCUUUGUGCCUGGGAGCGAAACCCUUUUUAACAGGUGACAAACCUGCCGAGGUAGACUGUGCCUUGUUUGGAUUUCUGGCACAGGUUGUGUGGAACUCUGCUGGCUCUCCUUACUUGCAGCUGCUUGAAAGCGAUUGCACAAACCUCCAAGCUUAUUGCCAUCGCAUCAAGGAGAAGUUCUGGCCAGAUUGGGGACAGUGCCUCAAUCCACCACAGUCUGAGAUCGUCCAGUAGACCAUGCUCACAGGCACUUGACAUUCCAUCAUUUUCAGUAGAGUACGAUUACAUGGCCAAUGUAAAAGAAGGUAUUAAUGAAGAUUAAAGAACAAAUUAGAUGUAGCUGACUGUUACAAUCAAGUCUAAAUUGAGUUAGGAAGUUAUUCAUCCUUUCUUUCUACAUUUACAUGAACACUUUUUAUGUGUACAGUCAUUAGCACUUCAGACUUACCGUGUCCAAUGCUUUUUAUCAGUAUUUAGUUGGUGAGAUUGUUUGGUAACCAAAUAAACACAUUCAUGGGUAAUUAUAUCAGUAUGAUUUUAGUCCCAUACUGCACUGAUAUCUGCUCAUAUUUACCGCUUUACAAUCUAGAGUCAUAGCCAGUCACAUGCUUAUUUUGGUUCCAGUGGUACCAGAUAAAUUCUGAUGCAGAGCAUUGGAUGUCAGAAAGACUGCUUGUUAUGCAGUGGUUGUUUUUGUUCUUGUUGAACUUUUGCAUUAAAUUAACUGUGCCUUAGAAAGUUGUAUUUUGUGGAAAUUUGAAAAAUAGAUAUUGGAAAAGGAA